AUGGAUCGUUUCAAGCAGAUCGAUGCCAGCAACUCGUCCAUCGGCGCUCUCCUUUUCCACGAUGAAGAGGUAGUCAGCUUGCAGGACAGCAUCGGUCUGUACGACGGCAAGGAAAAGACGCUCCACCAAAACAAUGGCACCGUUUACCUAACGUCCCAUCGCUUGCUCUACGUCGACGACCUCGAACCUCACCGAUACUCAUGUAGCCUGGACCUUGCUCUCGUCAAGCAAAGCGAGUACUAUGCCGGCUUCCUCAAAAGCAGUCCGAAGAUCACUCUCACUCUCGCAAAGCUCGACAACGAUACAGACGAAACCAAUCAUGAGCCACGCUUAAGUUCGUCAUCGUUCCAGACCGACUCGACUCCCCUCACAAAGACUCCCAGCAGGGAUUGGAGAGUCAAUGCCUCAGCUGCCGACUCGGCACCUACCGAGGCAGCGGGGUCCAACUGGGUGUGCGCUAUCUGCGGCUUCAGCAAUGCCUCCAGUCGCUCCACAUGUGAGCUGUGCGGCGUCACAAAGGAGCCAGCUCGACCUACACCCAAGACCAGCUCUCUUGCGAAUCGCGCCCGCGAUGCAGCCAGACCGGAUCCGUUUGGACGCCCUUCAACGCCAGCAUCGAUAUCAACGCCUUCGGGUACUGCAGAUGCCCCACCUACAAAACCCAAAAGCGACGGGAUAGAAUGCGAUGUGUGUACGUUCCUGAAUCACCCUUCGAUGACCAAAUGCGAGAUGUGUGGGUCGCACCUCGGUCGCAGUUGGCAGCCAGAGCAAUCUGCAUCCGAGCCUUCUGCGCAUUCACUCACGGCUCCGAGCACGCCAAUGCGCAAGAGCAUCGAAGCAGAUGCGCUUUCCCUUCGUGCAAGCACUGCACCUAGCAGAGCUUCCACUCCAUCGUCGGCGAUAUCGCCGCCACCUAACGACUCUGUCAAGCUCAGCUUCCGCAAAGGCGGCGACAAGGCCUUCUACAAUCUGCUCAAGACCACGCUUCGAGCUAAAGCAUGGACCAGCGUCGCAUCGAGCAUAGGCGCCGGCGGCGGAUCUCAUAACACAGACACCGGCGGUGCUCGCGCUAUGCGAGUAGCAGCCGGCAUGGUAGAUCUCGAUGGCAGAUCGGCUGCGCUCAAGAGGGUCGGCAUCGACGGCAUCCUCUCCUCGGUCGACUCCACCAGUCGUGCACAGAAUGACGACAUGCAAGGUGCACUCAAGGACCUAGAAGCGCUCAUGCGCAAAGCGAAGCAGAUGGUCGAGUUCGCUGAAUCCCUCAACGCGAAACUCACCAAGCAGGAACAAGCUGCAGCUGCAGCAAAGGCUGCCGGUCUGCCAGAUAUGGCUCCACAACCAGAUCAGCAGGCUGCUACCCUCAUCCGUUCUUCCCUUGUCCAGCUCGGUCUACCCACCCCCGCUGUCACCGAGGAUAUGGUACGCGAUCAAGAAGAAUAUCACCGCCAGCUCGCACGAGAGCUUGCAGGCUUGCUGCUCGGCAACCCAUCCGGUGGGCAGAGGACCGGCCUUAUGGGUGCAGGCAAAGUUGCUGCCCAGGGCAGGACAGGUGAAUCGCUGCCUCGCGUGCCGGAUGACCAGCUUGGAGGCCGAGGCUUGGUAGGUCUCGACGAGGUCUGGUGUGUCUGGAACAGAGCGCGUGGCGUAGCCCUGAUACCUCCGCAAGCCCUGCGCUUCGCAGCGGCCUUUCUGCCAGAGAUCACAUCUCCAUCUGUCCGCAUGAAGACCUUCAAAUCAGGCCUGUCAGUGCUGCACACACCCAAGUACAGCGACGACGCGUUCGCCUCGCGCAUCUUGCACUACCUCGACACGCUCGAGUGGGAGCACAAGAUGAAGCGCAUCGAACAGGCACAGUCGUUGCGCAUAUCGGAACCUGGUUCGAUCCCGACAAUAAAGGAUCCAUCGGCAUCGCCGGAAGAGGCGAGCUAUGGCGACAACCUCUCACCUUGGGGCGCUGGAGCAUCGAUCCUUGAAAUUGCUGAGAAGGAAGACGUGCCAAUAUUGCUCAUUAGCGAGAUGAUGGACAUGAUCGAGAGCAAGACCGGCAUGGUGGUACGCGACGACGGCGGGCCCAACGGCACGCGAUGGUUUGUCAAUCACUUUUCCAGAGUCUGA